AUGCCCAAAGGAAACAAGGAAUCCGAGCAGGCGAUAAAAGAUGACACCAGAAACCAGCACACACAGGAUAAUCAGGGUAGUGUAUACCUUUUCUAUUCUACCUUAACUUUUCUGCCCGCUCUCCAAAGGGGAAUCGUUCUCUUUCUUUUAUGCGACGUGAUUCCUCGCUGCUUCUGUACGGGACUACACGCACAGCGAGUACCUUUCUCCAGGAGCAAUGUUCAAAUCGAACAGACAAGUUGUCCCCAAAUAGGCCUACAGAUUGGAGAUGCUCAGUUUCCAGGUUUUUAUUUAAUGUCACAAUUCCACAUAGCUGAAUUAGCGAGACGUGGGAUCUUGAGAAAUGUGGUUGGAUCCACGCCUCAACAACUGGCGUAUAGAAUUGGCCCGGAAUUCAACUUCCGGAUCAAUACAAGGUCCUCAUACCCCCUGGGUCUACCGGUGGAAUUUGCAUUUCAGGCCAUUUUUCGGAUGCCCAGUGCGACCCUUCAGGAAAGUUGGAAUAUAUGGCAGGUGUUGGACUUGCACGGUAACGAACAGCUAGCAGUUUGUUUGAAUGGCGAGCUGAUGUCCCUUGAGUUCGUUUAUACUUCCUUUGGAAGCAGACGGCAGACAGUGGAGUUCUUCGACCUGCCGUUACUAUUCAAUUCCGAAUGGCACAGCCUCUUUCUUGUGGUCAGAGAGACCUCAGUGACUCUGAUGGUGGAUUGCGUCGUUGUCGACACCAAAAUCAUGCUACUGAGAAACACUGUUAAUCUGGAUGGCUUCACACACAUUGGGAAAUUAAAGGACCAUCCUGCCAUUGCCGUUCCGGUGAGUGAAGUUAUUUUUGUAUAG